UAUUUCUUCAUCACGAGGCGCUGUCAAGGAUUUUAAGGUUGUCUCGAUGGGGUGAAGGAGCUGCUGCUCUCAGACUUGUCAGGCAUAAAUAGAGAAAGUAAAAUUGCAUAAGUAGAGUGAAUGAUAGCACCGGAACCAUGCAUCUUGGUUUGAUGUUACUUUAGUGGGUGUUCAGAGCUGGUUUCAGGGUUUAGUUAAAGACUAGACUUGAUGUUUUAUGGUGCGAGAGCUUCUGUUGUAGCUCAUUUACAGAAGAACCUGACGACAAACAGAGAUGAGGGACGCGAUGUGGAUUUAUGUCGUGAUUGUUUUCAUGGCUGAAGCGGCGUGGAGCCUGGAUCCAGAAACUAAUGACCGCACCUCUGCAAACUCCAGCACUGCUUCAAAUCAACCCAAAAUUUAUGUGCGAAGAAAUGCAAUGUUCAAUCCUGGGAGCGAUGUUAACCUGACAUGCAGCAGCAAGAUGUGGAAUGAGACAUUAUUUGUUAUCUGGAAACUAGACUUGACAUACAAAAAGUGUGACAUAUCCUUUAGCAAUGACGGUCGAAACGGAGACUCCUGCAACGAUGGCAAAUCUCUCCGUAACACAUCCAGUGCUCAGUCAUACCUGCACAUCCCAAACUUCUCAACUCGUGAUGUGGGGCUCUACACGUGCGAGUCAGUUUUCAAAGGAGGAAAUGAAAAUUAUAUAAUCAGCGUAGCUAUCACAGUUCCUCCUGUUACAUCCUUUGAGUUAGAGCAAAGAGGCAACAAAACAGUGGCAGUGUGCAAAGCUGAGAGAGGAAAUCCUGCUGCCAACAUCAGCUGGAGUCACACAGGAAACUUAUUGUUUGAGGAAACGCGGCUUGUCUCGAAUGGAUUUUUCACAGCAGAAAGUCAUCUGGAGGUCCCUGAAGGCAUGGAUACACAAAACCUGAGCUGUAUUAUCAGGCACCCAUCAUGGGAAAGGGAGAAGAUUCUGGAACCUGAAUUUAAAAAAGCUGAAGCUCGUUUUCCAUGGACGCGCAUACUUAUUGUCGUGGCAGCCAUUCUGUUUGCGGGAUUAGUAUUUUUUGCACAGAGGAAACUAAUGUUGUUAAGGCCGUGCAGACAGUCACACAACUCACCAUCCAAAACUCCACCGAUAGAGGAUGUGGAGGAAGUGGAACCCUAUGCUAGCUAUAUUCAACGUGUGAACUCUAUCUACAACUGAUCUGCAGAUUGGUUCAUGUAAUAAUCCUACACAUGCAUCAAGGGCUCAGAUGCACAUGGCUGUUAGUGAGAAAACUGAAGGCUGUGAAACUAAGAUAUGGUUGCGUAGUAAAGAAAGAGGAGCGCGAGAUCAAAUGCUUUCGAUAAGAGAGGGAUGCCUCUCGGUAUGAAUCUGUCCUACAAACCUUUGACUGAUGGAACAGGGGAUGUACCUGAAGCUUGCAUAUGGUGCCCACUGCUCCACGUGUGGGCCUAAUAAACAACUUUAAUAAUUAUUACUACAAAUGUAAUGAACUGCUGAAAUGGAAAGGAUCGCAUCCUGAACUGGAUGCAGCGUGCACAAAACUACAGACUUCUGAUGUUGCUGAUGAAACACAUCAGUGAUUAUGUAUGGUCACACUUAUUUAUAGAUUUACUGUAAAGAGAUACUCAUCGUUUAAUGGAGUCAGGAAGGUACGAGCACCAAGCAGAGAACAUGUUUAUUUCAAAGACGCAACUUCAUGUCUCGAGAUAAUGUGGAACAAAUUUGGUGACGUGUUCAUAGUAUGUUUUAAUGUAUGUCUAGCUUUGUGUAUUAAAAUACAUGUAGACACUUUAAUCUCCUUUUAGCUUCAUUUUAAAGAAGUGACACCGAUGAGAGUAAAUAAAAAUGACUAAACAGGAUUCAGUUCAAAACUGUAUUCGUUGGGUGUGUCGGUAGUUAAGAAUGAGACACAAAGUUUAAAUGACACUCAGCUGUUUUUCUUUUUUUAAACUGCAGUUGGUAUUUUUAGAAACUAAGUGUCAAAAUGACUCUUCCAUUCUUUGUAAAUAUACAGAAAAACUACAACUAAUACUUUGUUGAAAA